AACGUUUGCCCUUCUGUCACCAUAGCAACAGAUUACUCGCCAAUUAAAAUCCGUGUCGCUACGUUUUUAAAGUUUUUAAAGAAGCUAAGCGCAUGUCUAUAGAUGGGAGAAUAACACUGAGUAUUGCAGCUAUAUUAGUCUUAAAACUGGAUAAUCUUAGAAACAUUUAUUUUCCGUUGCCUGGACUUUGUUAACGGCAGAUCAUGCAGAGACAUCCGUCCAGUUCCAGAGCUAGCUCUUUUAGCAGCUGCUACCGCCCACUGAGCCCAAGCUCUCAGGUGGAUGAUGACGACAUCCUCUUUGGGAGCCCAGACCCGAUAUCAUCACAGCUUUGUGAAGACGAUCCUUGUGAGGAAGCUCCGUCAAAGAUCAAAAAAGACAAAGACACCAUUCAAAUCAUCUCUAAAGACCUCAUCCGCAAUCUCAGAAUCCCACUUAACAGUCCUUUGGGAAAGUCAGUCUUUCUCCCGUCAGCUAAGUAUAAACGCAUCAUUUUAGCAUCCCAGGCUAACCUCAAGGAGGACAGAGAGGCUUUUCACCAGGCUUAUCAGAGAAAGGAGGAAGAGGAAACGAAAUCCGCAGAGGAAAGGAAGCAGCAGAUCCAGGCAACAGAUCUGUCCCGUAAGAACAACAAGGCCCUGACUGAGCUCGAGCAAGAGGCCCGGAAACGUUCACAGAGCUUGCUGGAGCAGUCUAACGCUUUAAGGAUGGAGCAAGAAGAGGAAAUCAAAAGGCUGAACACGCUUAUUCUGAAUGCUCAAUGUCAAGCCACAAUCAAUGCUCAGCUGGAGGAGAAGAAGCAGAUCCAGGCAGAGAUGGAAGAGGAGGAGAGGCGCCUGGAUGCGGUGAUGGAGGCAAAGCGCCAAAAGGGUCUGGAGACUGAAAGGAAGAUCGACGAGCUGAGGAAACAGCACAGGAACGAAGGAAGAGUGCAACUUUUAGAACAAAUUCAGAAACAUCUAGAGGAAAAGGAAAAUGAGAGAAAGAUGAGAGAGCAAGAGAAACAGCAAAUAAAGGAGAACCAGAAGAAGAUGGAAAAGGAUGACCUCAAGGCUAAAGAGAAGAAUAGGAUGGAGCAGCAGCGUAUGCAGGAGGAGAUCAUGCGCAUCAAUGCUGAGACCCUCCGAGUCAAGGAGCAGAGGAUGAAGGAGGAGAAGCUGGCGGACAUUAAAGCCAUGGAAUACAUUAAAAAGAAACAGGCGAGGGACGCGGAACGUGAAGCAGAGCAAAAGCGGAUAAGGAAAGAGAAGGAGAUGGAGAUUGCUAAGCUGAGGGCCCAGCAAGAAAAAGAUCGAAACUAUAAGGCAGAGCAGGAUGAACUCUGUGCCCAUCGGCAUCAAGAAGAGUUACAAAAGAAAUGGAGGGAGAAAAACAGAGAGCAGGCCGUGAGGAAAGCACAGCAGGAGGCGAUGCUGGGGGCUGCUCGGCUGGAGCAAGUUCACAGCAAACAGCACUACCAGACAGUGCAGGCCACCAUAAAGAAGGAAGAGUUUGAUCGGAUGCUGAAGGCUCAGAAGGAAGCAGAGGCCAAAGAAAAGGAGCAGCAGGAGAGGCAACGUCAGAAAGUGCUGCGCCACGCUGAGGCCGUCAGGCAGCAGGUGAAUGAGCGCAAGAAGCUUGCCAAAGCUGAGCAUAGAGAGGGGUUCGGGGAGGCUGACAAACUGCUGGAGGAAGCCCAGCAGCGACAGAUGCGCCUGAAUGAGAUAAAGGAAAAGAAACUAAAGGAGCUCAGGGUUAUAGGGCUUGGUGAAAAAUACUGUUGUGAAGUGGAGAGAAAGGCCCAGAGGACUCAUUUUGUAUAGCUCCAUAAUUGAAACAGUAGUUUCAAUUACUACUCUAAGUUAAAAUAUGUUGGAUUAAAGUCAUAUUUCACUCUCA